AGUACCUGCCCUUCCCGCCGGGGGAGGGUGAGUCACGCCAAACUGGGCGGAGAGUCUCCUGGCCUCUCUCCUUCUCGCGUCUGGGCGGCGGCGGUAGCUGGGGACGGGGCGGGUGGCGCAUCACAGGCGAGGCGGCAGGAGGAGCAGUCUCAUUGUUCCGGGAGCCGUCGCCACCGCAGUUCCCUUAGCUCGGUCGGCCCUGCCCCUGUCUGUUUUCCCCAACCCCCACCACUGCCCGCGGCUCUAAGGAGAGAAGCGCCCUCGGUGGCGGCAGCGGCGGCGGCGGCUGCAGCAUCAUCCCCGACCCGCUGGCCAUGGAGGACCUGGACCAGUCGCCCUUGGUGUCCUCGUCCGCGGACAGCGCGCCCCGGCCGCAGCCCGCCUUCAAGUACCAGUUCGUGAGGGACCCGGAGGACGAGGAGGAAGAGGAAGAUGAGGAGGAGGAGGACGAGGACGAGGACCUGGAGGAGCUGGAGGUGCUAGAGAGGAAGCCCGCCGCCGGGAUGUCUGCGGCCCCAGUGCCGCCCGCCCCCGCGGCCGCCGCGCCCCUGCUGGACUUCGGAAACGACUUCGCGCCGCCGGCGCCCCGGGGACCCCUGCCGGCCGUUCCCCCAGCCGCCCCGGAACGGCCGCCAGCGUGGGACCCGAGCCCCCCGUCGUCAGCAGUGCCCACGCCAUCCCUGCCCGCGGCCGCCGCAGUCUCGCCCGUCCAGCUCCCCGAGGACGACGACGAGCCUCCCGCGCGGCCCCCCCCGCCGCCCCCCGCCGGCGGGAGCCCCCAGGCCGAGCCAGCGUGGACCCCGCCUGCCGUGGCGCCCGCCGCGCCCCCCUCCACCCCGGCCGCGCCCAAGCGCAGGGGCUCCUCGGGCUCAGUGGAUGAGACCCUUUUUGCUCUUCCUGCUGCAUCUGAGCCUGUGAUACACUCCUCUGCAGAAAAAAUUAUGGACUUGAAGGAGCAGCCAGGUAACACUGUUUCGGCUGGUCAAGAGGAUUUCCCAUCUGUACUGCUUGAAACUGCUGCUUCUCUUCCUUCUCUGUCUCCUAUCUCACCUGCUUCUUUUAAAGAAAAUGAAUACCUUGGUAACUUAUCAGCAGUAUCUCCCAUGGAAGGAGCACUUCAAGAAACUUUAAAUAAAUUUUCUAAAGAGUUCUCAGAGAAGGCAAAAAAUCCAUUUGUAGAUAGAGAUUUAACAGAGUGUUCAGAACUAGAGUACUCAGAAAUGGGAUCAUCAUUCAGUGGCUCUUCAAAAACAGAACCUGCCAUAUUAGUAGAAAAUCCUAGGGAAGAAAGUGUGAAGAAUAAAGACAAAGAGAGUGAUUUCGCUAAUAAUGCCAUUCUUCCUAAUCAACAGCAAUCACCUAUGGCCCUUACUAAAUUGGUUGAAGAGGAGGACAGAGGUGUGUCGCUAGAAAAGACAAAGGACAGUUCUAAGGAAAUUGGAAUUGCAGUAGCAGCACCUAUGAGGGAGGAGUAUGCAGACUUCAAACCAUUUGAGCAAGUAUGGGAAGUCAGAGAUACUUGUAAGGGAGACAUGGAUGUGUUGGCUGCUAGCGAUAAUGUAGAAAGCAAGUUGGAAAGUAAAGUGGAUAAGAAAGGUUUUGCAGUUGACCUUGAGCGAACAAGAGAUAGUGAAAGCAGUAACGAUGAUGCUUCUUUUCCAAGUACACCAGAAGCUGUAAAAGACAGUUCAAGAGCAUAUAUCACAUGUGCUUCCUUUAACCCAACAGCAGCCGAGAACAUUGCAACAAACAUCUUUCCUUUGUUAGAAGAUCAGACUUCAGAAAAUAAAACUGAUGAGAAAAAAAUUGAAGAAAAAAAGGCUCAGAUUAUAACAGAGAAGACUAGUACCAAAACAUCAAACCCUUUCCUUGUGGCAGCACAAAAUUCUGAGACAGAUUAUGUUACAACAGAUAAUUUAUCAAAGACGACUGAAGAAUUGGUGGCAAACAUGCCUGAAGGAUUAACUCCAGAUUUAGUGCAAGAAGCAUGUGAAAGUGAAUUUAAUGAAGCUGCAGGUACAAAAAUGGCUUAUGAAACAAAAAUGGAUUUGGUCCAAACAUCAGAAGCCAUGCAGGAGUCACUCUACCCGGUAGCACAGCUUUGCCCCUCAUUCGAAGAUUCUGAAGCAACUCCUUCACCAGUUUUGCCUGACAUUGUUAUGGAAGCACCAUUAAGUUCUCUAGCUCCCAGCGCUGGUGCUUCUGUGAUACAGCCAUCACCGUUAGAAACUCCUCCAGUUAAUUAUGAGGACAUAAAACAUGAACCUGAAAACCCUCCACCAUAUGAAGAGGCCAUGAAUGUAUCAGUAAAAAAGGUAUCGGGAAUAAAGGAAGAAUUUAAAGAGCCUCAAAGUAUGAAUGUAGCUGUUCAGGAAACAGAUGCUCCUUAUAUAUCUAUUGCAUGUGAUUUAAUUAAAGAAACAAAGCUCUCUGCUGAACCAAGUCCAGAUUUCUCCAACUAUUCAGAAAUAGCAAAAGUUGAAAAGCCAAUCUCUGAUCAUUCUGAGCUAGCUGAGGAUUCUUCACCUGAUUCUGAACCAGUCGACUUAUUUAGUGAUGAUUCAAUACCUGAAGUUCCACAAAAACAAGAAGAAGCUGUGAUACUCAUGAAAGAAAAUCUUGCAGAAAUUUCAUCUCAAUCACUAGAGCCAGAAAAUGUGGGAAAACUCAGUGCAUUACCACCUGAAGGGGGAAAGCUGUAUUUGGAAUCAUUUCAAUCCAAUUUAGAUCCUACAAAAAAUACUCUGUCACCUCAUGAAGUUUCAUCAUUGACUAGAAAGGAGAAAAUACCUUUGCAGAUGGAGGAGUUUGAUACUGCACUGUACUCAAAUGAUGACUUGCUUAUUUCUAAGGAAGCAAGUGUAAGAGAAAAUGAAACAUUUUCAGAUUCAUCUCCAAUUGAAAUUAUAGAUGAAUUUCCUACACUUGUCAGUUCCAAAACUGAUUCUUCUAAAUUAGUCAGUGAAUACACUGACCUAGGAGUAUCCCACACAAAUGAAAAUGCUAAUGUCCAGGAUAGAGCUGGGUCAUUGCCAUGCUCAGAAAUGUCCCCUGACCAUUCUCUCAAGAGCAUAUACCCUAAAGAUGAAAAUAAAAUCCUUGUCUCAGAUGAGUUCUCCAAAGAUAGGUCUGACAUCUCAAAGGUGCCCUUACUGCCUCCAGGUGAUUCUGCUUUGGCAACUCAAACAGAGAUAGGUAGCUUAAUUAAACCCAAGGUUCUUAUGAAAGAGACUGAGAAAAAACUUCCUUCUGAUACAGAAAAAGCGGACAGAUCAUCAUCUGCUAUAUUUUCAGCAGAGCUGAGUAAAACAUCAGUUGUUGACCUUCUUUACUGGAGAGACAUUAAGAAGACUGGAGUGGUGUUUGGUGCCAGCUUAUUCUUGCUGCUUUCAUUGACAGUAUUUAGCAUUGUGAGUGUAACAGCCUACAUUGCCUUGGCGCUGCUCUCUGUCACUAUCAGCUUUAGGAUAUAUAAAGGUGUGAUCCAAGCUAUCCAGAAAUCGGAGGAAGGCCACCCAUUCAGGGCAUACUUGGAAUCUGACGUUGCUAUAUCUGAGGAAUUGGUCCAGAAGUACAGUAAUUCUGCUCUUGGGCAUGUGAACAGCACCAUAAAAGAACUUAGGCGCCUCUUCUUAGUUGAUGAUUUAGUUGAUUCUCUGAAGUUUGCAGUGUUGAUGUGGGUAUUUACCUAUGUUGGUGCCUUGUUCAAUGGUCUGACACUACUGAUUUUGGCUUUGAUUUCACUCUUCAGCGUUCCUGUUAUUUAUGAACGGCAUCAGGCACAAAUAGACCAUUAUUUGGGACUCGCAAAUAAGAAUGUUAAAGAUGCUAUGGCUAAAAUCCAAGCAAAAAUCCCUGGAUUAAAACGCAAAGCUGAAUGAAAAAGCCUAAAGCAGUUAACAUAGUUGAUCUACAAAGGGGACAUUCAUUUGAUUACAUGGGGGAGGGCCAGGGAAGAAUGGAACCUUGACAUCGCAGUGCAGUUUCGCAAAUUUUAUUUUUAGCAAUGCACUGUUUGAGGGAAAAUUACCUGUUUUGACUGCCAUGUGUUUUUCAUUUUAAGUAUUGUAAGCUGCUAUGUAUGGAUUUAAAUUGUAAUCAUGUUUUCCUAUAUGAGGCACUGGUGAAUAACAAGUGAUCUGAGAAAGCUGUAUAUUACACUUUGUUGCAGGUAGUCUUGCUGUAUUUGGGGAAGUUACAGAGAAGGUAGAGCUGAAUAAAAACCCCCUUUCACAGUUCGUGCACUGUGUAUGGUCUGUGUAGACUGAUGCAGAUUUUCUGAAAUGAAAUGUUUAGACAAGAUCACACCACUAAGGCAGGAAUAAAAGAGCUUGCCUUUCUGGUAUGUUCUAGGUGUUUUGUGAAUUUUACUGUUAUAUUAAUUGCCAAUAUAAGUAAAUAUAGAUGAUAUAUCUCUAUAUAUAGGUUCACAAAGCUUAGACCUUUCCUUCCAGCUCCCCACCAUGCUUGAUAUUUCAGUCAUUGGUUAUACAUGUGUAGUUACAAAAUACAUAAGCUAGAAAAAGAAAAUAUAUUUCUAGGAGCAUUACCAUCUGUUGUCACCAUGAAACAAUGCCACAUUGAACUCCAGUACGAACUUCAUUGCACAGACUUACUGUAGUUAAUUUUGUCACGAACUCUUAUCUUGGACUGAAUCUAAUGCUUCCAAAAUAUUAUUUGCAAAUAUCAAACAUUGUUAUGCAAGAAAUUAUAAACUGAAGACUUAUACCAUUGUGGUUUAAGCUGUAUUGAACUAAAUCUGUGGAAUGCAUUGUGAACUGUAAAAGCAAAGUAUCAAUAAAGCUUAUAGAGUUAAAAA